ACAAAAAAGUGUGUGCAGUGGGGUAGGGUGGAGUGAGGAGGCCAUCACCUUCCAUGGAAUCCGCUAGUCCUUGGCCUCCAAACCAUACAGAGGGCCGUCCUCCACAGCUUCGAAAUAGGCCAGGGCCUCAGGAUAUAAGGGUAUGUUUAGCUUCUUGAGGACAUUUGUUUUUCUAAACGCCUUCUCUUUCCAAAAUCUGGCAAGUGUUAGUAAUCUUCAACUCGGCACGAACCCACAAAUGUGCGUGUGUGGCUAGGCGGGUUCAGAUCAGGCCCCGCCCUCGACCUCAGGCACACUCUAGCACACGCAGACUUUAAGGCCAGAACGCGUUUCUGGACUUGGCGUUGAUCGUUCCCGAGUCUCUAGCCCCAAAGUCCCCUCGGCCUCCUCCUCCUAAAGGGGAGGGCCCAUAGGCGCCAAGCCAGAGCUGAGCGCAGAAGAAAGUUUUGAAGUGCGGAGGAGAGUUUGCGAAGAGCAGCUCCGCGGGCCGCUGGAGGAAGGGAACGAGAACGGAGAAGUCUCCACUCCAAGUUUGUGCCGCCUUCGCUGCGGCCGGGGGGCGCCUGCCCCGCGGCGCACUACAGCAGCUAGACUUCAGCCCUCUGAGUGGAAUGGGACUGCCUGUUCUGAUCCAAGACCGGAGCUAGAGGCUCGGCCUCAGGCCGGGAAGGAAACUUCUCUCUCGAGCUGUCGCGGUGGGCCCUCAUUGUCUGCAGGAACUCUCCGGAAUCGAGAGGGGGAGGACUGGAUCGCGCUUCCACAGGGAUUCAUCAAGAGUUCCGGCGGCAGCUGCGGCGGUUGCAGAGACUCUCUUUGUCCUCCUAGGACCUCCCUCCCUCCUCUUCUCCCUUCCUCUGUCAGUCCGUAGGUCCUGUUGUCCCACGCGCCAGCGCCCCGGGUGCUCAUAGCCGCCCACCCUAGGGUGCGUCCCUGGUGACUCCGCCACCUUCGCGUCCCCACCAAGCCAAGCCGAGGAGGCUGCGAGCUAGAGAGAAGCUCAAGUCCCUGGUUGCAGGAUGGUAACCGGGACUUCCCGGGCCCGCAGCCCCAGGAGCUGGUUGUUCCCCGGGCUGUGGCUGCUGGUGCUCAGCGGUCCUGGGGGGCUACUGCGCGCCCAGGAGCAACCCUCCUGCAGAGGAGCCUUUGAUCUCUACUUUGUCCUAGACAAGUCUGGGAGUGUGGCAAAUAACUGGAUUGAAAUUUACAGUUUUGUCCAGCAACUUACUGAGAGAUUUGUAAGCCCUGAAAUGAGAUUAUCUUUCAUUGUCUUUUCUUCUCAAGCAACCAUUAUUUUGCCAUUAACUGGAGACAGAAGCAAAAUUUACCGAGGCUUGGAAGAUUUAAAACGUGUUAGUCCAGUAGGAGAGACAUAUAUCCAUGAAGGACUAAAGCUAGCAAAUGAACAAAUUCAGAAAGCAGGAGGCUUAAAAACCUCUAGUAUCAUAAUUGCUCUGACAGAUGGUAAGUUGGAAGGUCUGGUGCCAUCAUAUGCAGAGAAAGAGGCAAAGACAUCCAGGUCACUUGGGGCUAGAGUUUAUUGUGUUGGUGUCCUUGAUUUUGAACAAGCUCAGCUCGAAAGAAUUGCUGAUUCCAAGGAACAAGUUUUCCCUGUCAAAGGUGGUUUUCAAGCUCUCAAAGGAAUAAUUAAUUCUAUAUUAGAUCAAUCAUGUACCGAAAUCCUGGAAUUGCGGCCAUCAAGUGUCUGUGUGGGGGAGGAAUUUCAAAUUGUUUUGAAUGGAAGAGGAUUCAUGUUGGGGAGUCGAAAUGGCAGUGUGGUCUGCACGUACACUGUAAAUGAAACAUACACAAAGAGUGUAACACCAGUAAGUGUGCAGCUUAACUCUAUGCUUUGUCCUGCACCUACUUUGAAUAAAGCUGGAGAAACUCUUGAUGUUUCGGUGAGCUUUAAUGGAGGAAAAUCCGUCUUCUCAAGCUCAUUAAUAGUCACAGCCACAGAAUGUUCAAAUGGGAUUGCAGCCAUCAUUGCUAUUUUGGUGUUACUGCUACUCUUGGGCAUCGGUUUGAUGUGGUGGUUUUGGCCCCUUUGCUGCAAAGUGGUUAUCAAGGAUCCCCCUCGACCACCACCCCCUCCACCAAAAGAGAAGGAAGAAGAACCACUGCCUACCAAGAAAUGGCCAACUGUAGAUGCUUCCUAUUAUGGUGGGCGAGGAGUUGGAGGAAUCAAAAGAAUGGAGGUUCGUUGGGGUGAUAAAGGAUCUACUGAGGAAGGUGCAAGGCUAGAAAAAGCCAAAAAUGCUGUGGUGACUAUUCCUGAAGAAACAGAGGAACCCAUCAGGCCUAGACCACCAAAGCCCAAACCCACAUACCAGCCUCCUCAGACAAAGUGGUACACGCCAAUUAAGGGGCGUCUUGAUGCACUCUGGGCUUUGUUGCGGCGACAGUACGACCGUGUCUCCUUGAUGCGACCUCAGGAAGGAGAUGAGGUUUGUAUGUGGGCAUGUGCUGGGAAAAAAAAUGAGUCUUGGUCAAUAUACUGAAAUGGUGAAAUAAUAAUAAACAAUAAAAAAGCUCUUAUUACACUUGAGGAAGGAACUACUUUUGUCUACUCAAAUUUCUAUUACAUAGGGUGCUUACUAAAUUAUUAUCUUUUGUUGGAAUGCAUCCUCAAGUUGUAGUUCAACACCAGUCCUUUUUCAAGUAAUACAUACCAGUUAUGGUCAUGUGUACUCAUACUUUAAUAAGCACACUCAUUGCUUCAACCUUUGACUUAGAAGACAUUACAUUCUGAGGUCUUACCCAGUCAGAAGGACAGACUAGAAAUUAGUAGCUGAAAGUCUUUCUCUAGUAUUUACUAGCAAUGAGGCCUAAGGAAAAUGCCUCAAAACCUCAGUUUCCUUAGGUAUAAGUAUGUAUUUCCCUGUCUCUAAUAGUUGCUGUAAUCUAAUUUUCUGACUAUAUGAAAGUUUUUUCGAAGUUACAAAGAAUUAGAGAAGUCUGUGAUGGUGAUAUGUGUAUAUGUAUAUAUAUGUAUGUAUUUUACCCCCACCAAGGAAACUUAUUUGAGGCUUGUCUGUUUUUAAUUUCCAUAAUGUAUUAGCACUAUUUCCUAUUGUACCAAUCUAAGAAAAAAAUGUUUUAAAUCUUUUCUUACGUAUCAAUGGCUAGUUUUGGUUGAGAGACACAAUACUGUUUGUAAUAUUAGGAUUAUUUCAUUGAGUCAACAUGAUCAUCAUUCUGUUCUAACAAGAGAGUAAAGUUCAUUAUUCAACUUAAGAGGUCUUUAUGUUCAUUCAAGUCUGAUAGGCUGUUUUUUAAAGGUUGAAAUAAUUGAUAAAAUUUAUCUUAUUGUAACAAGCUAAGUUAUUUAAUAUUAUAAAGUUCUAAUUUGGUGAUUAAAACACUAAAGGGUCUACAUCCUAAAAUUGUAUUUCUAUGAGAUGGAGGGAAUUUUAAUAACCUCUGAGUUCAACUUUUAGGAAAUCCAAUUUAAGAACAUCUUCCUGGAAUAUUCCCAACAGAUCAUCAUUUACCCUCUUUUAGGACCAAAAGUAGAGACAAUCAACUGGCUUAUGAAGCAGCCUCUCUCAUUACCAGACCACUGUGGUUAACAGAAAGUUCUUAUGUUUAAAUUUGUCUCUCUGUUUAAAUUCAUGCGUGAUCUGGAGUUCUGUUUCUGGAACACAUGUAACAAAUCUACUUCCUCUUCAGCAUGCUUGACCUUCACUUCACGUAUUUUAAAAUUGUUUUCCCGUAUCAUUUUAGGUUUAUUUUCCUCCUCAGGUUAGAUAUUAGUUCAUUUGUUCAAUCAUUUUCACCUUAUUAAGUACUGGAUGGUGCUAGCAUUGAAGAUGCAGUAGCUAGCAAAAGCAGACAUUGGUUUCUGCCUUCAUGACAAUACUUUAUAUAUAUUUUUUAACUAUCAUGAUUCAGCGUUAAUGUUUAGCUUAUCAUCAUUUCUACUAAUUUUGAUUCAAUUCAAUAAUUUUUUGAUGAUAAAUGCACACAAGUAAUGGCAUCAAGUACUACUGAGGGGUGGAUACAAACAGUAGCACUUGCUCUUAAGAAGCUUAAAAUGUGUUUGGGAAACAAGACAUAUACAUAAAUGAUAUUUAUUCUGGAAUGUGAUCUGGGCUGUAUUAGAAUUAAGUGUCACGUACUCCUAAGUGUAUAGAGGAAGAGAGGUUAACUCUCUCUCGAGGAAUUAGGGAAAGCCACUUCAAAAAGACAGGCAUUCUAUCUGUACCUUUGAAAAUGGAUAGGACUUCAGUAGCUGGCGUUAGAUGGAAUGAGCAUUUCCAUAGAAGAAGCAUCAUGAGAAGAGUCACAGAAGCAGCCGAUUGCUAGAUAAUCUUAGGGUGGAGGGGAGGGCAGAGAAGAAUUAAAAUCAGAAAGGUAGAUUGGGAAUAGAGGAUAUCUUUGUGUUUGGAUAAUUUGAUCUGUUGGUUUACUUUUAAUGAUGCGUUAUACUCGUUCAUUUAUUCAACAAAUAUUUACCUAAUGCCUAACAUGUUUUAGGCACUUUCUUAGACAACAAGAAAAUUUAACAUUGUUUUUAUAGUACUAGAAUAUUCCACAUGUUCUGUGAGCAGUUCAAUCAUUAUUUUUCCAUGAUUCAAGAAUAAUUUCUUCCACUAUUUUGGCCAAACUUUCUUUUGCUGUUUAGUAAGUUGGUUAUACUUUUGACUUAUAUCGUUGUAAAGCCUUUUGUUCUAACUCUUGAGGUCAAAUUGUUUGAAAAUUCAGAGUUUUUCAGAUAGUAGAAUGUGAUAUAGUCCAUAUGUCAUAUAUUAUGUAAAGCAGCAUCUUAUAGUCACAUCAUUCAGACAUUUUGCUACAGCAAUAUUAAUUAUUACAAGUGGAUAUAUAGAGACUAUAAAUAGUCUUAAGUUAAUUCAGGUUAGAUGUUGCUUCCAAAUGAAUUCUGGUUCCAAACUUAGGACAGAACUUUCAGUUUUCAAAGAUUUUGGAUUUUAGAUAUAUAGAUAAAAGACAGUAAACCUUUAUUGUGUGUGAUUAAAACCCCAAUUUUUCCACUUUACCCCUAUGCUAUUUAUGGUUUUGUUUUUUGUUUUUACUUAAAUGCAGGUCUUUACGUUAAGCUUAGUAAAUGCCAGCUAUUGGAUCAAGUAAUUGAUUUUUUCCCAUCAAAUAUAUAUCUAAUUCUAUGUGUGCCUGAUGCAAUCUGACUUAAUCUUUCAUCAUAAUACCUAUUCUUUUUAGUUUAGCUGCUUUCAACAUUUUGCCACCUGCAAAUUGUUGUCAACUUAUUUCAAGCCACUGUUAAAAACUCAGUAUGGCACUCCAUGAGAAGCUUUCCCCACAGGUCAACACUCCACAGUUAAGUGACACUGCUGUGAUAAAGCUAGGAACCCACCCAACAGCACAACCUCACUUUACCAUCUUACUCACAAGAAUAUUUAAUAAAUUUUUACUAAAUUCACUGCUAAAAUUAAGGUAUAAUAUAUAUUUAUGUAUUCUUCCAUCUGACCAGACCAACCAUGCAAUAUUUUUUGAUCAGGAAAAUCAGGUACCUAUGACAUGAUUUGCACUUUUGCACCUAUGUUUCUUCCUAGUGCUCCUUGCACUUUUAUAAAAUAUUUAAUAUUUUUUAGACUGGGGUUUGGUGUCAAGUCUAUAUUUAUCAGCAUAUAGCCUCUUCCCUUUAGACAACUUGAGAAAUCUUUGGCACUCUUUUUAUUUUCCAGCUUUCCAUUUUGCAUGUUUCCACGAAGAUUAUUAUGAAUAUUUGGGUUUCUGUCAGCCUACAUUACCAACUAGGUCUUGCUUAUUUGGUCAAACUAAUUCCAGUGUAAACUCUAUCUGCCAUACAUACAUAACUGUAACACGUAUUUCCCAAAGAUUAAGUAAUAGAAUUAUGCACCAAGAUUUAUUCCAAUAUAUUAAUAGAAUUAGCUUUCCAUGCUUUAUUAAGGCAACUGAAGGGUACUAACAGUUCUUUCUGUUACUAUUCUGGUUGCACUGCCUCUAGAAUGCUUUAUUCCUUUUUCCUUCCUCCCUUUCCUCUCUUCCGUAUAUAUAUAUAUAUAUAUAUAUGUAAAUUUCAUAUAUAUUUGCUUGAA